AGACCAUGUCGGCCGAAUCACGGAGGGGAGAAGAAUAACAGGAUAAAAGCUAGUAAAUUCCAUGCUAUCUAGGACAUGGCCAACGAUACUGACAAGACCGGAUGGUCUGCAAAUCUGUACAACAAGAACGCUCCCUUCGUAUAUUCCAAUGCGUUCACAGCGCCUGUCCUCCAGAUGCUUUCACCCCAAGCGGGAGAGAAGAUAAUCGAUUUUGGGUGUGGUAGUGGAGAGGUGACGCUUGAAUUAGAAAAGAUCGUCAAGGGGAAGGAAGGUGGACGCGUCGUCGGCGUAGAUUUCAGUGACAGUAUGAUCACCAAGGCUAGAGCACGAGGACUAGAACACGCGUAUGUCGCCGAUAUCCAGGACUUGCCUAACCUACCUAUCGGUGUGGACAUCAAGUUUGACGCGGUGUUCACGAACGCGGCAUUGCAUUGGUGCAAACGCAAUCCGAGGGGCGUCCUGCAGAGUGCCAAGAGGGUACUGAAGCCUGGUGGGAGGAUCGCUGGCGAGAUGGGCGGCUUCAUGAAUUGCAUUGGCAUCAGAAGUGCGCUGCACAAGGCUCUGCAGACCAGAGGGUACGAUGUAGGUUCCAUGGAUCCGUGGUAUUUUCCGUCAGUAGAAGACUACACAGAGGUUCUCAAGGCCGAGUCGUUUGAGCCCAUCGAGAUUACUUUGACACCGCGGGUGACAGCGCUCCCGGCAGGCGUGUUUGGCUGGCUGGCCGUGUUCGUUCGACCCAUGAUAUUGAAGGAUUUCAGUGACGAAGAGGCGACGAAGAUCAUGAGGGAGAUCGAGGAGACAUGUAGGAUUGACUGCCAGGACAGACAAGGACGCUGGCAAAUGUUGUAUAUGAGGUUGAGGUUCAGUGCUGUCUGGAAGCAGUAAAAUAAAUUUGUCUUGCUUCCUGCGACCAUGUCGUUACCAAACUUCAUCUGCGCCGUCGCUGGCCAUGGCGUUCUCCAUAUCUUCAGCACCACUAAAUGUUGCUUGGUUUCGUUUUCCUACCUCUGAGAUGUUUGGGUUCACGAAAGCGCAGAUACAAACGCUGGACACGGCAGUUAAUCCCAAUGGAUCUUCCCGUGGCCUGGAUGU